AUGUCAGCUUCAGAUCCUCUUUUGGCUCUUCGCCAGGCAGUAAAAUCCAAAUCUCCCGUUACAUUCGCAAAAAAUUCCGAACCUUGCUCUUCCCUCGCGAUUGCAACACACAUUGUCAUUUCUGGACAUGCAUUUUUAAAGUCAAUAUCAACUCGAUUCUUCACAGGCUCAGGUUCUUCCUCCGCAUCGUCUCACGACACUUACAGUCUAGCAGCGAUAUACCUCGCAUGGGCUCACAAGAACUCUCCUGGUGCAGAGUACAUGAAGCAGGCGAGGGAGGCAGGACUUAUGACAGGGUUUGUCAGUGUUACAGAGAGAAAGGGAGUCGUAGAUUGGCUAGAGGGUACAGUGGAGGAUCAUGAUCGACUUGCACCACUGGCCUCUUCGACAACUCCUCCGGGGACUCCUCCUUCAGUUUAUCAGCGAACUCUUGCCGUCGGUGGCGCGUCCGGAAACUCGUCGUCCUUCGUUCUUCCUUCCUCUCAUACUUCUGGUACUACUUCCCCGACCAAGCGCAGGUAUAUACCAGACUCUCAUGAUGCAGAGGUUGUGAAAAAGAUCAAACUUCAAGAAGUGGAACUUCGGGAUAAAAAUUCGGUGUUACGGGGUGUUAAAGCAAAUAACUUCUCCUCUGUCCGGCAGGCUUUCGCGGAGAAACUCAAGAAGCUGAAAGACGCCGGUCGAGCUGGUGCUGCACCAGCUGCUGUAACGCCUGUACCAGAUCCUAAGAUGCAAGCCCGUAAAGCUAGGCAAAACUAUCCAAUAAUAAUGAUCUCGUCGUCACCAACCGCCCUCAUAACAAUGCACAAUGUCAAGCGGUUUCUCCAAGAAUCAGUAUUCGAGCCAUCUCUAGAGGCACAGGCAAGAGCUCGUUCGGAAGGCAAUUCUCGACCUGAGGAUAUGAUCCCAAUAUAUCGGAAAUUGACGCACAUCGAUUCGAGCGGCAAAGAGACGGCCGUUCAUAGCAAAUACUUCGUCGUUGAUUCGACGGAAGCUUUAUCAAAAUUUGGGGGCGCGGAUGCUUGGGACCGUGUCGUAUGUGUCAUGACUACCGGUCAGGCAUGGCAAUUUAGGCCCUACAGAUGGAGCGAACCCAAAAUCCUAUUUCACCAUGUGAAAGGUGUUUAUGUGUCGUGGACCACGGAGCCCCCGAAUCCUAAAAUCAGGGAUUGGAAUGUAACCGAACUGAAGAUCGACCAACACCGGAGACACGUCGAUAAGAGUGUGGUGGCACAUUUUUGGAGGAUUCUUGAUGAAUGGACACUGGCCAAUAAACCGUGGCUUGUGAAGGGUCCGAUGUAA